AUGAUAAAUAGUGAUCGCUCUAAUGAAAUUGUUAUUCACAAGAUGUGCGGAACUCUUGAUCCGGCGCUAGUGUUGGCUGUAGGCGCAACAGAUAUUACGCGCAUUUUUUUUAGGAAGGAUGAAAUGCCUGGUAUUGUGAAUGCAUAUAUGGCCGCAGUGGUUAGUAUCGCAAUGCAUAGUCGUAGCUUGUCGGUUGAGUUGACUAGUGUCGUGGACUUGACAGCUUUGGUUCUACUGUAUUGCAAGAACAAGCGGGAAAAAGAAGAAGUGAAGAUUGCCUCGUUGUUUUGCAAGACACAAGAUAAGGCCGCUAUUAAUAUAUGGACAUUUGAAAUCCCUUCCGUAAUCAAGGGGUGCAAUUUCAAGAAUAUACUUGUGCAGCAGCAACAGUAUGGCCUUGAGAUGGUUUUCGAAUUGAGCUUGAGUCGCGAUAUUGUGUCAGUGAUGCGCCACGGUUACGAAAUCAAGCUGGAAAAUCAAAAAGCAAGAAAUCAUUCAACAUCAUAG